AUUUUUGUUUCAUGAUGAUGAUUACGGACAGGAGCUGGUUCCCACUUUUUCGCUGUUUAUGAAAUUUACUCUCACUGUUUGAUGAAAGCAAUCAUAAAUCUCGCUGAAAGCUACCCUUUAUUUGUUUUAAUCUUUAAUUUGGUGCUUGACUUGACACUGAUUGGAUUGCCUCCUCCUCACCUCACCUCUGUAUCUAGCACUUUGUCCAUACGUCCCUGGUGAAAUUUCAAGCACGGGAAGUGUGUGUUUGUUAGAUGGAGCGGUAUGAAGUCUUGGAGCAGAUCGGGAAAGGGUCCUUUGGCUCUGCUCUUCUUGUCAGACACAAACAAGAACGCAACAAAUACGUUUUGAAAAAGAUUCGUCUCGCCCGCCAGUCUGAUAGGGCUCGCCGAUCAGCUCAUCAGGAGAUGGAGCUCAUUUCUACUGUCCGCAAUCCAUUUGUUGUCGAGUACAAAGAUUCAUGGGUUGAAAAGGGUUGCUAUGUGUGCAUCGUUAUUGGAUAUUGUGAAGGCGGAGACAUGACAGAGACCAUAAAAAGAGCAUGUGGUGUUCAUUUUCCUGAAGAGAAACUCUGCCAAUGGCUUGUCCAACUAUUAAUGGCCCUCGAUUAUCUUCACUCCAACCAUAUUCUUCACCGCGAUGUCAAGUGUUCUAACAUAUUCUUGACAAAAGAGCAAGACAUACGGCUUGGUGACUUUGGACUCGCUAAGAUUCUAACUUCUGAUGACCUUACAUCCUCUGUUGUUGGAACUCCAAGCUACAUGUGUCCUGAGCUUCUUGCUGACAUACCUUACGGAUCAAAGUCAGACAUUUGGUCUUUGGGAUGCUGCAUGUAUGAAAUGGCUGCUCAUAAACCUCCAUUCAAAGCUUCCGAUGUGCAGACAUUGAUCACCAAAAUACACAAGUUGAUAAUGGAUCCUAUUCCGGCCAUGUAUUCCGGCUCAUUCCGAGGCCUUAUCAAAAGCAUGUUGAGGAAAAAUCCUGAACUCAGGCCAAGUGCUAACGAGCUGCUUAACCAUCCUCAUCUUCAGCCUUACAUCAGUAUGGUUUAUCUGAAGCUAGAGAGCCCCAGAAGAAGCACUUAUCCACUCCAAUUUUCUGAGAGUUGCGAGACAGAGAAGGAAAGAAGGCGUUCAUCAUUCAGCAAUGACAGGAGAUUGAAUCCGAGUGUCUCUGAUACAGAAGCAGGUUCUGUUUCUUCUUCAGGAAAAGCAUCUCAUUCACCAAUGUUUAAUGGAAGAAAAGUGUCAGAAGUAACUGUGGGAGUCGUGAGAGAAGAAAUUGUUCCUCAAAGGCAAGAGGGAGUGAAGAAGCAAUCAAGUGCAGCCAGAACACCAAGAGUGGCUGGGACCUCAGCUAAAGCGUCUGGCAUGCCAAGGAGGCUUGAAACACCGUCAAGCACGCCGCGUACUGUUUCCAAACAUGAAGUGAUUAAGGUAUCGAAUCCUACAGACAGGAGAAGGAGAGUAUCUCUGCCGUUGGCCGUGGAAAAUCCUUACAUUUACGAAUCGGAUAUUACUGCUCUUUGUGGCCUGAAUUCACCGGAUGUUUCUGUAAACGCUCCAAGAAUCGACAAGAUCGCUGAAUUCCCUGAAGAUGUCUUCCAAAACCAAAACAGAGAGACAGCCUCAAGAGCAGUAGCUAGGCGCUCUUUUUCUUCUACUCCUCGGCCUCAUGGUGAGGACAAUACCAAUCGUUCGAUCACGAAGGACAAAUGUACUGUACAGACAAGGUCAGUUUCGGAGGUAAAACAGAGAAGGUUCGACACGUCAUCGUAUCAGCAGCGUGCGGAGGCUCUGGAGGGACUGCUGGAGUUCAGUGCAAGGCUUUUGCAGCAGGAACGGUACGAUGAGCUUGGGGUUCUGCUUAAACCCUUUGGAGCCGAGAGGGUAUCUUCGAGGGAGACGGCCAUAUGGCUGACCAAGAGCUUCAAAGAAGCUUCCGUGUAGACGAAGCAACCACAACCAGCGCUUUUCUCUCUUGGCUUGGCUUGCAUUUGUCCUUGCUGUGUGGUUUGUAUAUAAAUAAAAACGGCGAUGCAUUCGGUUCUGACUGCUUAAAACGGCAUGUUAUCCGAUUGGCUAAGCUUGCGAUUUGGGCUGUGUUGGGCCACUACGUUAGUGGAUUGUUUUGAAAAUGUGUGGGCUUCUUUCUUUUUGCAAUAAACAUUACAAAA